CGCUCACAUCCAUCUGAAGCCAUACUUGCAGAAGCCACUAGCUCACUACUAGUCGAUCAAUCUGUUGUUUCAGAAAGACGCCAUGAAGUACUUGGGGCAGGUGGUGGUGGCGCUCCUGGCCUUCUCGGCGGUGGUGCUGAUGGUGGCGCCGGCGGGCGCGGAGGCGGCGACCUGCAACGCGCUGCAGCUGACCCCGUGCGCGGGGGCCAUCAUCGGGAGCGCGGCGCCCACGGCGUCGUGCUGCAGCAAGAUGAAGGAGCAGCAGCCGUGCAUGUGCCAGUACGCGCGCGACCCCAACCUGAAGCAGUACGUCGACUCCCCCAACGGCAAGAAGGUCAUGGCCGCCUGCAAGGUGCCCGUGCCAUCAUGCUAGAUCGACGCAUAUAUGAUCGAUCCACACGAGAGCGCCCAGCGCGCACGCGCUCCUCUCUGGCCUCUCGCUGCAUGUUUCAUGUGUGUUGAUGUGUCAGUGUUUGCUUGUUUCCCAACACUGUCUAGCUACCCUGACGAUGUACGUGGACCGAUGUGUAUCUGAAUUUACGCAAUAAUGACGAUGUUUCCAGCUAUAUGCAAUUUGCAUGUUC